AGACGCUGCCGAAGUGCUCCUUUCCGAAAGACAAUCAAUCUUCAAUCUUGAAUAAUUCCAAAAUGGUUGACCUGACCGACGCCGGUUCGCCGUUCCAGCAAUCAAUUCCCGACUUUGCCUUCUACGUGCCGGCUGUUGUUGUUUUUACCCUGGCAGACGCGAACCGCUAAAGGCGACCGCCCCACAAAACACAGCCCGUAAAUUAGAAACGAAAACCGAAAGAUUAGAUCAUGGCCGAGGAUCCGGUGAACCAGCAGGCAUUCGCUGAAGACGUGGCAGCUGCCGCCGCUGCCGGAGGACCGGCUGGCUUCGCCGGUCCAGAACCCGGACAUCCCGACUUCAAGAUGCCCAGUGCCGACGAGAUCUGGAAGCUGGUGGAGGGCAUGGAGGGAAUUUCGGAUGACGAACGGGCGGAACUCCGGGAGAGCAUCUUCAACCCGAAGCCGCCGUCGCCGGAGGACUUUAUGCGCCAGUACGGACAUCCGGGCCACAGUUCGCGGGAAUACCUGGUGUUCUUCGUGAUGCUGGCCCUCAUACUUAUUGUCUUUGCUCUCUUCGGCUACAAGUUGUACAAAUCCCUGACGGAGAAGGAGCUCAAGAAGCAGGAGAAGCUCAAGAGCAAGCAACAGAAGAAGGCCAAGAAGUCCAACUGAAGGAGAAGAAGAUGCGACGACGAGGAGGAGGAGGAGGAGAUGUCCCCAACGUAGUACUUUCCGGCCCUGAGACCUUCCAUCUUGUUAAUCAAUACAAUCGCCCUGUAAAUGACUAAAUCAUAAACCAGUAAACGUAAUAAAAUAAACAGUACCCCGUAACUCUUUUAAA